AUGGCCCCAUCCACGCCUCGAGCCAUCAGCGCGAGCAGACCGAGGACAGCAUCGAAAUCGCCGCAUCGCCCUACCAAGCUGCCAUCAGGGGCCCGUUCGUCGCCGAGUUCCCCUUUCCACAUCUCCACCUUAGCGGCCUCGUACAUCUUCCUUGCGGCUCACACGGUUGCUGCGCUCUAUAGUCCUAUUCAGGACUGUGAUGAAGUGUUCAACUACUGGGAGCCCACUCACUACCUCAAUCAUGGCCAUGGCUUUCAGACCUGGGAGUACUCACCCGAUUAUGCCAUUCGAUCAUGGGCGUACAGCGGGAUUCAUGCCCUCGUCACACCCUUUGCCCGGCUUCUUGCAGCCCGUAGGCCAAAAGCCGCCGAAUUCUACUUCCUUCGGAUCGUGCUGGGGGCCAUCUGCGCGAUGUGUGAAGCAAGGCUCUAUUCCAAAAUCACCAAUGUGUUGAACCCGAGGAUCGCAAUGUUCUAUCUGGGCAUCACAGUCACGAGUCCCGGGUUGUACCACGCCAGCGUCGCAUUUUUGCCCAGCAGUUUUGCUAUGUACUUUGUGAUGCUUGGUGUGGCAGCUUUCAUGGACUGGCGGGGUGGUUUGCGUACCGCACAGGGAAUCUGGGCCAUCGGAGUGGGCGCCUGCAUAGGGUGGCCUUUCGCUGCCGCCAUGGUUAUACCGUUCCUGGCAGAGGAGCUGCUAUUAGCUUCUCUGAGUGAUCUUCAUGGUAUGAAAGACCUUAUGUGGCGAAUUGUUGAUGGAGUCGUUCGGACUCUUUUCACUCUUGCACUGCAGAUUGGAGUCGAUACCUUCUUCUACAAAAAGACAGUGUUGGUACCUUUGAACAUUGUGCUUUACAAUGUCUUUAGUAGCAAAGGUCCCGAGCUCUACGGAACAGAGCCAUGGCACUUUUACUUCAGAAACCUGUUUCUCAACUUUCACGUCUGGCUGUUGCUGGCGCUUCUGUCGAUGCCGCUUGUGCUCGCACAGCACUUCUUCCGAACGAAAGGCGCGACGAGAGCAAGCUAUCUUCGUGGAGUCAUCUUCGUCACACCCUUCUACCUGUGGCUGGCGAUUUUCACGCUGCAGCCGCACAAAGAAGAGCGAUUCAUGUACCCGGCGUACCCAGCUCUGGUCUUGAAUGCCGCUAUGGCCUGCCACAUCAUUCUCGCCAAUCUCGGCUCCAAUGACCCAAAGGAUCUCAUGAGCAAAAUCCCCGUUCAGCUCCGCCUCCUUGGAAUCGUCGGGUUUGUGCUUGCCGCGACUGCCAUUGCAGCCUUCCGAACUCUGGGGACAAUGACCGCUUUCGGCGCUCCACUGUCUAUCUACGAACCACUCCAUCGCGCAGGCGUUUCUCAAGCUGGAGACCAAGUCUGCCUGGGCAAGGAAUGGUAUCGCUUUCCAUCACAUUACCUACUCCCCAAUGGAGUCCGAGCAAAGUUUGUUCGCAGUGAGUUCAAGGGCCUAUUGCCCGGCGAGUUUUCCGAAGCUGGACAGGGCUUUGGGUUGUUUCCUGGCACAUGGCUGGUACCACCAGGCAUGAACGACGAGAACCGAGAGGAUGCCGGGAAAUACGUCGACCUCAAACACUGCAAAUUCCUCGUUGAUCUCCACCUUCCGAGUACACAAGUGACGGGACUCGAGCCAAGCUACAUCACCGAUGACAAAAACUGGGACAAGGUCAAGUGCCUACCAUAUCUCGAUGCUGGGUCGACUGGGAUCGUUGGACGGCUUGGCUGGGUCCCAGACUUGCCGUUUGUACCUCUCCAGUACAAGCGGGUAUAUGGCGAUUAUUGUCUACUGAAGAGGAAGAAGAGCACAGCAGGGGAUGCGAAGCAAACGCUGCCGAAUAUUGAGACGCUGUUAUAAUGCGCAGUGUCCAACUUGCAAUGUACAAACAGCCGAGUGCAACAGAAUCACUACCUACCACACUCACAGUCACAGCCUUACCCCAAUAAUCAACUCGGAAUUGCUGAUAACUUGCAGGUAACAGAGAGGUGUAAUGGAGGAUGUGCGCAGUGUAUAGGUGUUGGUGGUAUAUGGCUAUAUGCAUUACCGGUCUCAUCUUUUUGCCCGAUCGGGUAAACCGAGCCUAUCAUCCUUGGAGGAUGUUGGAGUUGACGACUGCUCACGUGGGCGCGAUGUUACUCUACAUGUACCUACUUCACGGAUCGGCUUUCUUAUCGCAGAUUAUGGUCGUCGUGUCUG